AUGGCUUCGACCACAGAGCAACCCGCCGCGCCGGCAGCAGGGCCCAAUGGGAGCGCACCCACCCCACGGAAGUUCAAGGCGUCCGAUCUGCCUCUCACCUCUGCCACGCGCUCUGCUAUUGAGGGCCUUGCCCAUAGCUUCAAAAAGAAGGGAGGCUAUGAUGCUAUUCGCAAACAAGUUUGGGAGACCUUUGAGGCUAGCGACUACGAGGAGCAAGUCACCAAAUCUAUUCUUGAAGUCGCGGAGCAGGAGAUCGAGCGAAAUCCGUCACAACUACUUACGCUCGACCGAGGCAAGGCAGCAGCUCUGAUCGAUGGAGCUCUGGAGAGAAGCGGCGUGUACCAAAAGGCCGAGACUAUGCUUGAGAGCCUGAUAGAUUCGGGCGCUAUUGAAGCACGGAUUCGCGAGUUAAGACGGGCUGAAAUUGGUGAGGAGGCUGCAGAACAAGAGCGCAUCAAGGGCUCCAAGACCGACGAGGAAUACGCUGCAGAGACGGCUGCAAAGCGAGCUGAGCGAGAGAAGAAAGCCCAAGAGCUCCGUGAGAUGGAAGAAGAGAUUGCACGAAAGAAGAGGGAGAUUCGUGAAAGGGAAGAGCGUGCCGAGGCCAAGAAGCGCGAAGAGGAGCGAGCAGCAAGAGAAGCCAAGCGGAAGGAAGAGCGUGAGAAAGAGCGCGAGAAGGAAAAAGAGAAGGAAAAAGAACGAGAGCGCGAUCGCGACCGCAGUCGAGACCGUCGUAGAGAUCGAUCAAGAGACCGAGAUAGGCACCGUGAUCGGAGUCGCGGCCGUGAAAGAGAUCGCUCAAGAGAUCGGAGACGAAGAGGCGACCGCGAAGACAGUCGAGGCCGACCAGAAGAGGUCAAGAAGCAACUAUCCAAGGAGGAACUUUCUAGGCUGGAAGAAGAGGCACUGGCAGAUCUCCUACGUGAUAGCAACCGCGUGUCUUCGAAACAGCCCGAAAUGGAGAUUGACGAAGCUCUGAAGCCUCCACCAAGAAAAACGAUGCCUGCCUCAGCCAUUCAGCCUAUUCGCCGCGACUCUCCGAAGGUGUCAGAGUCGAAGAAAUCUACCGAGAGUUCUAGCACUAGGCAAAAGGCAGAAGACUCAGGCACAAGUAAGGACGCUAAACCGGCAGGAGAUACCCAAACAUCCAAGGACGUCACACAGUCCAAAGACUCAAAGGCAAAGGAUGAACGGCGACGGACUAGGAGGACCGGGACCGGGAUCGUGAGAGAGAUCGAGACCGAGACAGAGAAAGAGAUCGAGACCGGCCUCGUGGCUAUGAUAGGGGUGUUGAUGACCGUCGAAGGAGAUCAAACUCUCCACGCACCCGGCGCGAUGAAAGAAGUCGUUCUCGACAUGGUUUGGGUCGGCGUGAUAGGAGUCGCUCACGGCCCAGGACCGACAGACGUGAUGACCGAAGAGAGCGAAGUCGAUCUCGUGGUAGAGCUGAUCGAGAUCGUCGUGACGAACGGAGAGUGGAUGAUAGGCGCGAACGGAGUCGGUCCAGGUUGCGCACUGAUAGGCGUGAUGACCGAAAGGAGCGUAGCCGUAGCCGUGAACCUGCACGGACCGAAAGGAGAGAGCGGAGCCGAUCUCGUGUGA